AGAAGAUCAUCUCGUGAGCUCCUUCUUCUUCUUCUUUAGGCGCUCAUCUUUACUCUUCUGCCUUAUAGUUUCACAGUCAACGCUUUUUUGGCGCUAAAUACCGUUCGCGCGUUUUUGGAAUUCGCGCGGUUUGCGUUCUAAUUCCUUUGAAGUGGAUACAAUGUAACAACCGCGAGCGAGAGAUGCACAACUUCUGACACAAGCUCCGAUACAAUGGGGAAACUUCACUCCAAACAUGCUUGCAAACGUCGGGAAAAUCCUGAGGGAGAUAGUUUUGUUGUGAAUGGCUUCACUGCAAAAAGAGCAGCCGAAGAAGGCGAGCGAUAUGGCAACAGUCUGAAAGAUUAUAAGAAUGAGGAGCUGAAGGACGGCCGGCCGACGCUGCUCCACUGCCCUCUACAGGUGGUUUUGCCUCCAGAGAAAGCUGAAGGACGUGAGAGUUUUCUUCAGUAUUUAUCAUGUGAUGAUGGAGAACGAGACGCACAAAAAGCGAAGAAGCGCAUCAGUCUGCAGGAUCUGGAGUGUAACGUGUCUAUGGCUGAAGACAACAGACAGGAGUGGGUUUUCACACUAUACGACUUCGACAACAGCGGAAAAGUCACAAAGGAGGACAUGUCCAGUCUGAUGCACACCAUCUAUGAUGUGGUGGACGCCUCGGUCAAACACUCCUGUAACAGCAAACGCAGGAGCCUGAGGGUCAAACUGACCGUCACACCAGAACCUGCAGCUCGCCGAAGAGACGCCACACACACUGAAAGAGAAACGAGUCAUUUGAGUCACGUUGAACCUGUUCGUUCAGAGGAGAAUCGCAGCUCAGACAGACGACAGAACACUCACAUCAGAGGCCAGACUGAUGCUCAUGAGGGAAAUCAUUACUGUGUGGAUGAAAACACAGAGAGACGAAAUCAUUACCUGGAUCUGGCAGGAAUAGAGAACUACACGUCUAGAUUCGACAGUUCAUCUCCUGCUGCUGAUCAGGAUCCUCCAUCUCGCUCUUCACACAGUCAGAGCCGCUCCCGUUCACAAGAGCCCGAAACACACGUUUACCAGCGUCGAUCGCAGCUCAUGGAGCCCUGUGUGGCCCCGGACCCCCGCCUGCGCACCGGCCCACAGCUCGUCAGAUCAAGAUCCCCCCCCAAGGGGUCAUCCAGAUUUCCUGGUGGCAUCCCGAAUGUGACCAAAACCAGCAAGUGCCAUGGACACCAUCAACCCAUACCAGCCGGUCAGGACGUUUACCAUCUAACCCAGCAGAACCACACACACGCACACACCCCGAGCGGCCUCCAGCACAGCCACAGCAGGAGGAUCAGAUCCCGAGCCCGAGAACAGGCCCUGACGCCGGUCAAAAACUCCAACGCUGCUGCGCUGGUGCAGAGACACGAACACCAUCACCAUCACGAGCACCACCAUCAUCACCACUAUCACCACUACCACCAGACAUGAUGACGUCUACAGGACACGGGCUUCAGUACACCAGUCGGGUCUGAAAUUGUAAACAUUUUCUGCUGAUAUUUGAGCAGGUUUUUAAAUGAACGCUCCAUUUUUGGGGGAAAUUGGCUGCUUUUAUAGCUCUCCUAUAGAGCCGGAGCACAUUUAGCUUAGCUUAGCAUAGAUCAUUGAAUCGGAUUAGACCAUUAGCAUCUCACUCAUAAAUAAACUAUUAAAAAUGUUAAUGAAAGUCACUUUUUCAAACUUUUCAUCGUCCCAUUAUGCAAUUCAAAAGCAUGAAUCACAAAAUACGGAUGACUGUUAAUUUACGGAUAUUAUUUACAAUUUAGAGUUGAGUUUUUUUAUCCAUUUUUUAAUCCAUUCAGCCAAUCUCCAGGUCUGACGGGAGUGCCUUUAGCUUAGCCUAGCAUAGAUCAUUGAAUCGAAUUAGAUCAUUAGCAUCUAGUUACUUCCAUUUCCACUUUUCUGAAUCCAUUCAGCUAAAUUCCUGGUCUGACGGGAGUGCCUUUAGCUUAGCUUAGCAUAGAUCAUUGAAUCGAAUUAGACCAUUAGCAUCUAGUUACUUCCAUUUACACUUUUCUGAAUCCAUUCAGCUAAAUUCCUGGUCUGACGGGAGUGCCUUUAUCUUAGCUUAGCAUAGAUCAUUGAAUCGAAUUGGACCAUUAGCAUCUAGUUAUUUCCAUUUCCAAUUUUCUGAAUCCAUUCAGUUGAACUCCUGGUCUGGCGGGAGUGCUUUUAACUUAGCUUAGCAUAGAUUAUUGAAUCGGAUUAGACCAUUAGCAUCAAUUUAUUUCCAUUUCCACUAUUUUGAAUCCAUUCAGCCGAUCUCUGGGGCUGGCGAGAGCACUUUUAGCUUAGCUUUGCAUAGAUCAUUGAGUUGGAUUAGACCAUUAGCAUCUCACUCAAAAAUAAUCAAAUAAUUUUGGUAAUUUUACUAUUUAAAGCUUGACUGUUCUGUAGUUACGUCGUUUGCUAAGACUGAUGGGAAAAGAAAAAAUGUUGUUUUCUAGGCUGAUGUGUCUAUAGGAACUUGUAAAUAUUUUUGAUUAUUACGGCAGGUUGAGAGUAUAGUUCCUAGCCAUAUCCUAGCACUCUCUUAGCAAUUGAUCAGUUUCGAUCAGUCUUAGUUUACAAUGUAACUUUAACAGCGUCAAGCUUUGAAUAGGAAAAUUAUCAAAACUCCUGAGCAAGAUGCUAAUGGUCUAAUCUGAUUCAAUGAUCUAUGCUAAGCUAAGCUAAAAGUGCUCACAAACCUAAUUAUCUAAACUUUAUCAAACUUAUUGAAAAUAAAUUUUUAUUUUUUAUUUAUGUGAGCAAGAUGCUAAUGGUCUAAUCCGAUUCAAUGAUCUAUGCUAUGUUAAAAGUGCUCCCAAACCUAAUGAUCCACUCUUUUUCAAACUUAUCGAAAGUGAUAUUUUUAACAUUUUGUGAGUAAGAUGCUAAUGGUCUAAUCCGAUUCAAUGAUUUAUGCUAAGCUAAAAAGUGCUCUCAAACUUAAUUGUCCAAAAUAUCAAACUUAUCAAAAUGAUUUUUUUUUUAUUUUGUGAGUAAGAUGCUAAUGGUCUAAUCCGAUUUAAUGAUCUAUGCUAAGCUAAGCUAAAAGUGCUCCCAAACUUAAUUAUCCAAACUUUAUAAACUUUAUCGAAAAUGAUAAUUAUUUUAAUUUUGUAAGCAAGAUGCUAAUGGUCUAAUCUGAUUCAAUGAUCCAUGCUAAGCUAAGCUAAUAGUGCUCUCAAACUUAAUUACUCAAACUUAUCGAAAAUGAUAUUUAUUUUAGUUUUGUAACCAAGAUGCUAAUUGUCUUAUUCGAUUCAAUGAUUUAUGCUAAGCUUAGCUAAAAAGUGCUCUCAAACUUAAUUAUCCAAAAUAUCAAACUUAUCAAAAUGAAUAUUUUUUUUUAUUUUGUGAGCAAGAUGCUAAUGGUCUAAUCCAUUGAUCUAUGCUAAGCUAAGCUAAUAGUGCUCUCAAACUUAAUUACUCAAACUUAACGAAAAUUAUAUUUAUUUUAAUUUUGUAAGCAAGAUGCUAAUGGUCUAAUCCGAUUCAAUGAUCCAUGCUGAGCUAAGCUAAUAGUGCUCCCAAACUUAAUUACUCAAACUUAUCGAAAAUGAUUUUUAUUUUAGUUUUGUAAGCAAGAUGCUAAUGGUCUAAUCCGAUUCAAUGAUCCAUGCUAAGCUAAGCUAAUAGUGCUCCCAAACUUAAUUACUCAAACUUAUCGAAAAUGAUUUUUAUUUUAGUUUUGUAAGCAAGAUGCUAAUGGUCUAAUCCGAUUCAAUGAUCUAUGCUAAGCUAAGCUAAAAGUGCUCUUAAACUUAAUUAUUCAAACUUUAUCAAACUUAUCAAAAAGGUAAAUUUUUUAAUUUUGCGAACAAGAUGCUAAUGGUCUAAUCCGAUUCAAUGAUCUAUGCUAAUUUAAAAGUUUCUAACAAAGUAAAUAAAAAUAAUUAAAAUGCUAUUCAAAUGACGUAUGUAGUAAUAAAUAAAUUUUUUGAGGUAAUUUACCCAGCAUGGAUCAGUGUAAGAGUGAUGAUUCAAUGAUAAUUGUAGCCAAUCACAGUCAUUUUUGAUGAGCCUGUGAACACAACAGCCAAUCAGCUGUGCUUAAGAACCUGCUCAACAUUGUUGUGGGAAAUUAAUUGUUUUAGAACCAACUGGAGGACUGAAGUCGGCACUUUUUGACAACGUUAAUGUCAAUAAAACUCUUCUUUCUGGACCAAAGACAUCAGAUGAAGCUGCAGAUUCACUCGAGUCACUGAACAUCGAGCAUUCAGAUGAACGGCACAAUCCUGUUAUAAAGUUCACAGAGUAUUUCUAUAAAAGUGUAUGUCAGAUAUUCAGAAAUACAGCUCUGGGCUAACUCAGGCACUUAUUAUGUUGAUUAAUGAUACAGCACAUAGAAAAUGAAUAGGAUGGAAAUAAAGCUACAUUCGGACUUUGCAGAUAGUUACAUGAGAACAGCAAAAUUGUGGAAAUUUCCCCCCCCCCCAAUUUUUGACAUUAUAUUAUCAUGGCAUGGCAUAAAAUAUUUUUAAGAGACACAAACCAACCAAACCAAGUACAGAUAUAUAUUCCAAAUAAGUGGAUUACUUAAAAUAGGAUCAACUAAUAUGAUUACCGUCAUUAACAUGUUAUCCAAAAUACAGUGUUAAGACACCAAAUUGAGUUGUAUCAUGUUCGAUGAUCAUUUUGACAUUAUGAUUGUGUUUUAUACAGGUCUGUAUUUUAUUAGAUGUGAGGUGUCAAUUCAAAAGAUUUUUACGAAGCAUUGCACACAUAUGUAAUUCAGUACUGGGAAACAACCAUACACUCUCACAUUAACACACAUACACUAUGGAUAAUUUAGCUUACCCAAUUCCCCUAUAGCGCAUGUGUUUGGACUGUUGGGGAAACCGGAGCACCCAGAGGACCCGCUGUGUCGCCCCUAUAUAUAUGAGAGGUUUCUUCUUAUAUAAAUAAAUUGACAAUAGACUGUUGAAUUAUGUGACAAUAAUGCAGUGAUACGACCACUGUGGCAGACCCAUGGAGAGGGGGGAGGUAAUAUUCAAUUAAAUUAGCCUCCUAUUCUCUUGAUUGUGAUAAACUAAUAUGGUUUCUAUCUUUAUUAUGCAGUGAAAAUCACAAUAUUCCUUUAAACCACAUUAUUAUUAAUAUUAUUGUUUUAAAAUUCACCCCAUGGCUGGUUACUUAUGAGAAAAUAUGAUUUAUUUCCUCCUGAUUGUAUCCGGUAUAUUAAAGGGGACCCAUUAUGCCCCUUUUUACAAGAUAUAAAAUGCGUCUCUGGUGCCUCUAGAGUGUGUGUGUGUGUGAAGUUUCAGCUCACAAUAGCUCACAGAUAAUGCUUUCUUACUCUCUGAAACUGACCCUUUUAGGCUUUGAUGCUAAUUGUGGUGUUUUGGUGACUGUCGCUUUAAAUUCAAAUGAGAUUGUGCUCUUUUUAGAAGAGGGCGGAGCUACAAAUGCCUGUGUGUCAGCAUAGUGGCAGAUUCAAAAAUAGGACUAACGUCCUAUGCUAAUGAGGGAGAGAUGGUCACUAGUAGGCGGAGCUUUCCCCCUCUGAUGACACUACAAAAUGACAAUGUCAAUCAAAGUGUUUCUGCAGACUGUUUUAAUCAAUUGUGAUAAUAAGAAAGUUAAUUAUUAAUUGUUUAUCAUUAGUAGCUGGUUAUAUUCACAUUCUGCUGCCACACAAUUGUGUUUUAUCGCCUUAUAAAAGUGAGUUUUGCGUAAUAGGUCCCCUUUAAACCAUAUAUGAUGAGUACAUGCACAGAAGGAUGAGCCCAUGAUGCUCUGAUUUUCCUCAGACAUGUCUCUAUCAGUCAGAUGUGCUUCUUCUCUUCGAGUGUUUCUCCUUAUCUCGGAUCUCAGGUGAACUGUGCUGCUGCUCUUGAGCUUCUCUGGGGGGAAAAAAAAGGCUAUUUCUCCUUCUGGAGAGUCUGCCAUGGACUGACCGCCUCCCUCUGACCAGAGGAAAUAUCACCACUGCCAGUUUGAAUGCUAGAAUAUCCUUUAUGUUUAUAAAUUAAAACUAUAUAACUAUAAACUUUUUACUGUAUGAUUAUACCGCAUAUGCAUAUUUAUCAUGGUUCAUAUGUAUGCAUUUGUUUUUAUAUAUAUAUUUUAAUAAAAUA